CCUUUGAUUUGGUUCCGCAACGCAACAUGCUCGGCAAGCGCACAAUCUCAUUUCUCGCCAAAAUCACUUCACGAAUUCCUCCGCCAUGUCCAACAUGAAGAAGCUGCUUCAUUUCUGCCAUUACAUGGUCUCCCAAUUCUGCAACAGCAUAAGACCCAAAGCGGCUCGACUCCUCCGACUAUGCCGAGAUUCGAUCUCGUCGCUCUCUCGCUUCUUGCUCUUCCACGUCCACCCUUUCUGGAUUCAGCUCAGCUACUACCUCGCCGUCUCCCUGGCGGGCUAUAUCGCUCUGAAGGCCACCGCACGAGAUGGCUCUGAGCUGAGGCACCGGGAGUUGGACGUCUUCUUCACCUCGGUAUCGGCGACAACGGCUGCGAGCAUGUCCACGUUGGAAAUGGAGGAGCUCUCGGGGGCUCAGCUCCUGGUCAUGAUUGUCUUGAUGUUACUUAGCGGUGAAGUCUUCACUUCACUGCUCGAACUUCAACUGUUAAGAUUGAAGCUACUCAAACAGUCCAGAAUCGAUGACCAAGUCAACGGUCCAAGCGGGUUCGUCGACAGCAUCGAGUUGGGCAUCCCAAGCUCUGCACAGAAAAUCGACUCAAACCAGCACAAUGAAGCGAAGGCCGUAUCAGUUCGCAACCCCGAUAUGUCCAACAAGCUGAAGUACGACACGGCGACAUGCCUGAGCCAGAUCGUUCUUGGCUAUAUACUCCUCUUCCACGUGCUCGGGUCGGGCCUGAUCAUGCUGUACGUAUAUCUGGAUCGAGAUGCUAAACAAGUGCUCGAGGGCAAGGGGCUGCGAGCAGACUUGUUCGGCUUUUUCACGACGGUGUCCACAUUUGCCAACUGUGGGUUCGUGCCCAUCAACGAGGGCAUGGCGGCCUUCCGGAAGAGCCCAGUCCUCCUGCUGAUCCUGAUCCCCCAAGUGCUUGCCGGGAACACGCUGUACGCGCCGUGCCUGCAUGUGGCUGUCUGGGCACUCGAGAAGGCAUCGGUGAAGAGGAAGGAGUUUGGUUACGCGUUGAGGAACGGCAGGGAAGUGGGGUACUUCCAUUUGAUCGGGAGCGUAAGGUCCCGUUACAUAUGUCUCACGGCGCUCGGGUUCGUGACGAUACAGUUGGUGCUGUUUUGUGGGUUGGAGUGGAGAUCCGGGAUCAUGAGCGGGUUGAGCCGGUACCAGAAGCUGCUGUGCUCUUUGUUCCAAGUUGUGAACUCCAGGCAUGCAGGGGAAAGUGUGUUCGACAUCUCCAAGGUCUCUCCUGCGGUCCUGGUCCUGUUUCUCGUGAUGAUGUACCUCCCGCCAUACACAUCUUUUGCGCCAGAGAAGUACCAUCAGAAGGUUGUCUUGGGACGCCCAACUGGAAAUGCCAUCCGUCAACAAAGCAGAACUCUUGAAGGGUGCUUCACGCUUUCUCAGCUCUCUUACCUAGUCAUCUGCAUAGUCGGCAUCUGCAUUUCCGAGCGACGAGCGAUGGCCGACGACCCCCUCAAUUUCAGCGUGCUGAACAUCGCGAUAGAAGUGAUAAGCGCAUACGGGAACGUGGGAUUCUCUACCGGUUAUAGCUGCGACCGUCGGCUCAAAGCGGAUGGUUCCUGUAAAGACGCAUUGUACGGUUUUGUAGGAAGGUGGAGUAAGACCGGAAAGUUAAUCAUCAUCGUGGUUAUGUUUUUUGGUAAGCUAAGCAAGUUCAGUAAGAGAGGAGGCAAAGCCUGGGAUCUCUCUUGAUAGAGCAUUUGUGAAUAUAUUGAAAGUUUGCAUACCACUUUA